AUGUCUGUGGUGGUGGAGCUCGAGAAUGCCUUGCAGGCCAUGCUGGUCACCAAACCACCCGGAGUGUCUGGGUCAAAAAUCAACCAAAUAACUGAAAUCAGCGCAAAAAACGUCCAGUCCGAAUCCGUUAUCAUCGGGAAACUUUAUACACAUUUCAAGAAGUGUCCAGGAACCCAUAAACUAGGCCCCCUCUACGUUGUAGAUUCUGUUGCUCGCAAGUACUUAGAUCUUGCGAAGAAGAGCCAACAACCGGUCUCUGCCGAAGCUCCUGAUGGCACCUAUGGUGCUGGUGUCUAUAGAAUCACCCAGCUACUCCCAAGUUUAAUGAAUGAUAUUUUGCAACAUGCGCCUCCAGAAGAGAAUAAGGAUAAAAUAGAAAAGCUCGUAGCGAUUUGGGAGCGCAGCUCAACAUUUCCUCCCGAGGUUUUAAUGGAGAUUAAACAAAGGAUUGCAUCAAGCCCCAUGUCACAGGCUUAUUCACAGAGUAAGCUACCACAUCCCUUCUUCUUCCACGCGUAUUCUCUUUCGUCUGAGCCGGUCCAUUUUGGAAGAACUCCCUUAGUAAUUGAUGAUUUAUCUUCUUUUUCAUUAAACGUAGAUUCUACAACUCCAACUGGGUCACCGCCUCCACAUCUGCAAUCCCUAAACGGACAGAUGCAGGCUUUCCCACAGUAUCCGAUGCCGCAACCUCAACAACCACCACAGAACCAGGCACAGCCAAAUGCAUCAAAUACGGCCUCUAUCUUACAAGCGCUUGCAAACAUGGCAAAACAAAAUCAAACAGUUACUCCCCCUGCCGCCCCUGCCCAAGCACCCACACCCCCCGUAGCCGCUACACCGCAAUAUAAUGUAUCAAAUGGCCAGAUGAAUGGGAUGUCUGGUUUGUCACAAGAUACUUCGCUUGCUCCUUCACGGCCUAUCGCGCCCCAAGUUCAAGCUGCUCCGGUUCCUAUUUCCUAUACUCCCACUCCCCCAAUUGCGAACAAUGUUCCUAUGUAUGGAAAUCAAAUGCCUGGCAUGUAUCUUGGCCAGCAGCAACAGCCUCAGCAGCAACAGCCACAGCAACCACAGCAACCACAAAUUCAAGCAUCGUAUUCCCAGUAUACUCAGCAGCAACCACAGCAACCCCAGCAAGUACCGGGUGCUGCUACUGCUCCUGUAGAUCAGAUGGCCCUUCUCCAGCUCCUGCUUAACCAUCCAGGUUUGCAGGGCAUGAGCCUUCCUCAGUUGACCCAGUCUUUUGGAGCCCUUGGUGCUGGUGCUAUUGGCGGUGCAGAUGGUCAGAACGGCCAAGCCAUGCCAAUGUGGCAGCAGCAACAAAUGCAGCAGCUGCAGCAAAUGAUAAAUCCUCCUCAAGUACCGCAAAAUGCAUCUGAGCCUCCUCGUGAUGGUGGAUAUAAUCGCGAUGUUCGUCGUAAUGAACGCGGAUACUCUCCACCGCCCAUGUCGCCCCCGCGUUACCAAGGCCGUCGGGGUAGAUCCCGUUCAAGGUCCCCAGCUCGCUUCGAUCGUGGAGGCAGCGCUGGAGGGGGAGCAGGGCGCUCCCCGCCAAACUUUAGACGUCGUAGCCCUGUAUAUGGUGAAUAUGAAGGCAACGAUACUCGCAACGGUCGUGAAGGUGGUAACAGUGGUGGUAACGAACGUAAUCGUGGAAGGGGACGUGGUGGGAACGGCGGUUUUGGGCGCAGAGGGGCAUCCCCCCGCGGUCGCAGGGAUCGUAGCAGAACCCCUCCCAAUGGGAACAGGUUCAACGGAAAGGGCAGCCAAGGCGGUGAUCGUACAACACCCACUUUGCCUAAAUUUAACAAACUCGUGGAGUUUGAUGAAGGCAUCGCGUCAAACAGCAUUAAAGUUCUCAGCAGAACCUUGUUUGUUGGUGGUGUAACCAUCUCUGAGGAUGAACUUCGCGGACUCUUUGAGAGGCACGGGUUGGUCCAGUCAUGCAUAGUGAACCAGGACAAGCGCCAUGCUUUCAUCAAGAUGCUCACUCGCGAAGAUGCGGUCAAAGCCAGGGCUGGCAUGGAAACCUAUAGAGCUGAUAACAUGACCAUCAGGACACGAUGGGGAGUUGGGUAUGGACCGCGAGACUGCAGUGAUUAUCAAACUGGAAUCAGUAUCAUCCCAAUUGAUCGCCUGACCGACGCCGAUCAAAGGUGGAUGGUCUCAGCCGAAUAUGGAGGAACUGGCGGAAAGCCAUUGAUCGGUGGAAUGGUUGUUGAAGAACCAGAUAUCGAAAUUGGUCAGGGUGUAUCCUCUAAAGCCAUCAGCAAGCGGUUCCCGACCGAUUCUGGCGGGGCAAAAGGCCCACGGUCCUCCCAUGACACUUUCGUCGAAGCCCACCGUGAACAACGCAACAGACGCACGGAUUAUAACGACAACAACCAGCGGGGAGGUCGUGAUAAUAACAUUGGUGUCGCCCCGCCAACCCCAGGGUUCGGUGCCGGACUACCCUUCAUGAACUUUGUGCCGCCGAACAUGCCAAACGGUUUCCAAUAUCCCGGAUUCCCAGGUCAGUCCUCAGGACGGUGA